GCAGGCACCCCAAAUCCUAACAUACAUGAAAACAAGUUUGAUGUACCAUACAUAUUUCCCUCCGCAUACGCUCGGCAAAUCGGAACGGUUAUUUAACCGCCAUUAUUAUCCCAUCAUCUCCAAAUUCCCACACUUCUCAUUCUCAUCAUUACCAAACCCCUCUCUUUCUCCGAUUCCUUCAAUUUUGCAAUAAAAAAUCUGAAAAUUCCCGCGUAUUUCUUCAUAUAAAAUGGAUUCUCAAGUCAACGCCGUGCACGGCGGCGUUCGUGGCGGUGGCGGAGCGGCGGUUGGGGUUCAGAUCCAGCACCCUCGAAGACUACCUGAUUUCCUCCAGAGCGUGAAUCUCAAGUACGUGAAGUUAGGUUAUCACUACGUGAUCUCGAAUUUAUUAACUCUCUGUCUCAUACCCCUAAUGGCUAUGUUAGUACUCGAGUCUUCCCAAAUGAAUCCUGAUGAAAUUCACCAAUUAUGGGUUCAUCUUCAGUACAAUCUCCUCAGCGUUGUAAUUUGUUCUGUUUUUUUGGUCUUCGUAUCCACUGUCUACAUCAUGACUCGUCCUAAACAAGUCUAUCUCGUUGAUUAUGCUUGUUAUCGUGCCCCUGAUCACCUCAAAGCCUCGUACCACAAGUUCAUGAACCACUCCAGGCUUACCGGGGACUUCGACGAGUCCUCGCUUGAGUUCCAACGCAAGAUCUUGGAGCGUUCGGGGCUCGGCGAGGAAACGUAUUUCCCCGAAGCUAUGCAUUCCAUUCCUCCGCAACCGUCCAUGGCGGCUGCGAGAGAUGAGGCCGAGCAAGUCAUGUUUGGUGCUCUGGACAAUCUAUUUGCUAAUACUAAUGUUAAAUCUAAGGAUAUUGGUGUUCUUGUUGUCAAUUGUAGUUUGUUUAAUCCGACCCCUUCGCUUUCUGCUAUGAUUGUUAAUAAGUAUAAACUGAGGGGAAAUGUCAGGAGUUUCAAUUUGGGGGGUAUGGGUUGUAGUGCAGGGGUAAUUGCCGUUGAUCUUGCUAAGGACUUGUUGCAAAUUCAUCGGAACACUUGUGCUGUUGUUGUUAGUACUGAAAACAUUACUCAGAAUUGGUAUUUUGGGAAUAACAAGUCUAUGUUGAUACCCAAUUGUUUGUUUAGGGUUGGGGGUUCUGCGGUUUUGUUAUCGAAUAAGUCUGUUGAUAGGAGGCGGGCUAAGUAUAAGCUUGUUCAUGUUGUGAGGACCCACAAGGGGGCUGAUGACAAGGCUUUUCGAUGUGUUUAUCAAGAGCAGGAUGAUGUUGGGAAGACUGGUGUGUCCUUGUCGAAAGACCUCAUGGCAAUUGCCGGUGGGGCUCUUAAAACCAACAUCACUACAUUGGGUCCUCUUGUGCUCCCAGUUAGCGAGCAGCUUCUGUUCUUUGCUACUCUGGUGGUUAAGAAAUUGUUUAAAAGGAAAAAUAUAAAGCCUUAUAUCCCGGAUUUUAAGCUGGCAUUUGAUCAUUUUUGCAUACAUGCCGGGGGAAGGGCUGUGAUUGAUGAACUAGAGAAGAAUUUGCAGCUUCUGCCGAUGCACGUGGAAGCUUCUCGAAUGACUCUACACCGAUUUGGGAACACUUCAUCGAGUUCCAUUUGGUAUGAAUUGGCAUAUAUUGAGGCUAAGGGGAGGAUGCGCAAAGGGAACCGAAUCUGGCAGAUUGCAUUUGGGAGUGGUUUCAAAUGUAAUAGUGCAGUCUGGCAGGCACUUCAGAAUGUGAAGCCGUCUUGUAAUGGUCCCUGGGAGGAUUGCAUAGAUAACUAUCCCGUGGAACUAGUCUUGUAGCUCAACAUGAGGUUGGCUAGGCUCAUCAUUCAGAGUAUUGCUCAUCAGUUCAUACUAUCUUCUUAAAUUCUGAUAUUGUGCUUCAUUGGGUCUCUUCACUUGUUCACUAAGUGUGUUUUCUAUGUAGGUUUUAGUCGUGUGUAGAGUACUGUUUGACAUGUAGAUUUGCUGAUCUUUGUACUGUACUAUAAAUUUCAACUUCAAAGUUUCGAGCCAUCCUUUCUAUUU